ACUGAGAAAGGGUGGUAAGGUAUUGUAGCAAUUGAGUGGUGAUUUCAACAAUAGAGAGCAGAAGCAGCUAUUCAAUUCUCAACAACCGGAAGCACUCAGCACACAACAGAUAAAUCCACACAUCAAAUCGCAAAUCCUAAUUAAUUUCAUUUCCCCCUUUUCUCCCUCCAAGCAACGGUCAUUCGUAGUUGGAAUUGGCGACCAAAAUGCAGGGGUGGUUCUCGGCACCGAGCGGUGGUGAGGAGGAGGCGAAGCCCUCCUCGUCGUUGCUUGCCGAUUGGAACUCCUAUGCCUCUAAUCAAUCCUCCCAGGACAGCUCCAGUUUGGGUCUUUCCUUCGAUCUCGAAUCCGCCGUCAGGUCGGCCAAUGACACCGUUUCCGGCACCUUCAGCGUGGUUUCUAAAGGCGUGAGAGAUCUACCUGGCAAUUUUCAGUCUGCUACUAGUAAUGUGCCUUCUGGCAAAGCACUUGUAUAUUUUGGUUUGCUUCUGGCAAGUGGAGUCUUCUUUGUUUUCAUAGCAUUUACAUUAUUCCUGCCCGUCAUGGUGGUUAUGCCCCAAAAGUUUGCUAUAUGCUUUACACUUGGCUGUGGAUUUAUUAUUGGAUCAUUCUUUGCUCUCAAGGGUCCAAAAAAUCAGCUUACUCACAUGAUGUCAAGGGAGAGGCUCCCUUUCACAUUGGCUUUUCUAGGCAGUAUGAUUGGUACCAUAUAUGUAUCAAUGGUGCUUCAUAGCUACAUCCUCUCUGUGGUAUUCUCUGUAGUGCAGGUUCUCUCACUUGGCUAUUAUUCUAUUUCAUACUUUCCUGGUGGAUCUGCUGGAAUGAAGUUUCUAACUUCUGCUCUUACUUCUUCAAUAAUGAAAUGUUUUGGGCGGUGACCAAUUUUUUGGUUGACAGUUGAGUUGAGUUCGGACCAGUGUCUAUAGAGUAGUUGACUUGUAAAUUUAUCUAUCUGCUGAAGAGGCCUAAGAAUAUUACUGGAUUGAAGCAUCAUCUAACAAUUUCCUAGGGUUCAA